CGGGUGGCUCGUCUCUUCUCUCUCCUUCGUUUUGCACGGGGAAUCGGGAAGCUGUUGUUGUCCCUCAUGAUGUCACUUCCUGUCCUCUUUAAUGUGGGGGUCCUUCUCUUGGUCCUCGUGGUGGCGUCCUCGAUCUUCGCCAUGUUUAACUUUGCCUAUGUGAGGAAGGCGUACACGAUCGAUGACAUGUUCAACUUCGAGACAUUCUGGAGUAGCUUCAUAUGUCUGAUUAUGACCACCAUGACGGCGUCCUGGGGCGGUCUGCUGAUGGCGCUGACAAACACACCGCCGGACUGCGACCCCUUUGAGGAGCACCCGGGAUCCACAGUCACGGGAGACUGCGGCAGCCCAAUGCUCGCCAUCAUCUUUUUCUGCACCCAUGUGGCCCUGUCCCUCCUGCUGAUUGUUCACCUGUACGUUGCCGUCAUCCUGAAGAUCCUUGAACCCGACAACGGCACGCCGCUGAGCGACGACCAGCUCCAGAUGUUCUAUGAGAUCUGGAGGAGGUUCGACCUCGAGGGAUCGCAGUCCAUACAGUACAGGUGAGUCCAGAUCCAACAGCACAGGUGAGUCCAGAAUCCAUACAGCACAGGUGAGUUCAGAAUCCAUACAGCACAGGUGAGUCCAGAA